GCACUCCUUGCCAGCUUUUAGUUGGUGCGGGCACGCGAGACACUGAGAAACACCCAGCGACACUGUCCUCUCUGAAAGUGAAAAACGGAAAUCAUAAAUCGGAAUUGGGAGGCGUGAAAUGCGCGUAGCGACUGUUGGAUAGAGCAUAAACACAGAUACAGAUCAAGGAUAUAGUUUAUACAGAACGGAAAUCGAGAACAGAUCAUGGCUGCUUGUUAUAAUGCCUACAGUGCUCCCUCUCAAUCCUUCGAGUUCGACGAGGACGAUGACGAUGCAUCUUUCGACAGCGGCUACGAAAAGAGCUUCGAGACGGAGGCCCAGGUCAGCUCCCGGAGGCGUCUGGAUUUCGAUGAGACGUACAACAGUGCAGCGGCCGGGCCGGCGGCGCCUUUGGCCUAUGCCGGCACCUGGGACACAGCCCCGAUCAACUCACCGCCGGCAGGAUUUGUGGGCCUGCUGGACACGAGCAGCAACCACAGCACGCGCAGCGGCCGCACCCUAGUGGAGCACCUGAACAGCCGUGCCACUGGCGGAGGCUUCGAGCCGCAACUGACCAGCACACCAAUGAAGUCGCCGGAAGAUCCGGAUGCACCGCGGCCCAAGCGCAAAUAUGCCGUCGGCAAGAACCGCGUCACCCGUUCGCGCAGCCCCACACAGGUGGUGCGCAUCAAGAAGUUCCGUCGAAUGAAGGCCAACGACCGGGAGCGCAACCGGAUGCACAGCCUUAACGAUGCGCUGGAGAAGCUGCGGGUGACGCUGCCCUCUCUGCCCGAGGAGACAAAGCUCACGAAGAUCGAGAUACUUCGGUUCGCCCACAACUACAUAUUUGCUCUGGAGCAGGUGCUGGAGAGCGGGAACACCGUCAACCUGGACCUAGAGAAGCUGCAGAACUUCACAUUGAGCGGAGAGCGCAUUACGAAGGAGCUUUUCGACGCCCUCUUCGUGAACCCGCAGCCAUUCCCCAUGUUUGGUUGCGGUCGGAUGUUUCCUUACGGCCAGACGCAGCAGCCUCCUCUGUCACAGCAUUCUGAAGCACAUUCAGAUCCUCUUCCCCAUCCUCAUCCCCAUCAGCCGCAGAUGGUUCCCUUUCAGCCGGGAAUUGAUUACCCUUCAGCAGCGCCUCAUCCUCAUCCCCAACAUCCAACUGGCUUCGACUUCGGCAGCAGCAUGCGGUAUUAUCAGCAUCAUCCACAGGAGCCGAACCCGCAGCAGACGCCACCCGCUGGCCAGUUCUCGCAGGAGAAAUAUGAUCUGUUCCGAGGAAGCUUCGAGGCAGCUGCCAAUCUGCCGUCUUCAGCCACGGAACCAGCAAUGCACCAGCAGAGCAGCUUCUACACGCAGACGCCGCCCUGGAAGGAGUACCCAGAGGAGCAGCCCAAUCACCAUCCACAGCUCCAUCCAUAUCCACACAGCUAUAAGCAAUUUGCCCCCCAGGUAUAGCACAGUCCUGGGGGUAUAUUUUGCGUUUAAAAGCGUUCAGAGCGUGAUAGAUUGAGACAAAGAUUGUGAAGAUUUGCAGGAAACUGAUCCAUGGAAAUACGCAAUAGAUGAUCUCGUGACUGACUUUGGGUAAACAAAAGCCAAAAAGUUACUGGCGAGAAUCCUCUAAGUAUUUGCCUGUAUCACUUUCCGAGAAGCUCCAACAAUCAGUUGAUAUUUGUAUUAGGUGAACCACUAAACUGAAUGCAAGGAUAUGGCUUUAUUCGAUUUGGAAUCUUCCAAGACCCACUACAACUUUAGCUGAUGCUUGGACUCAAUUUAGACUAAUUUAGAGGCGGAUCCGCAACAGAAGAAUCAAUGUUCAUAUAAGAAACACUCUCCAUAGUUAAGCUCAUUCAACAAACCAUUCCAUUACAAACUUCGAAUCUUUAUUGGUUUCUUUGUUGUAGAUCUCAGGGGAAUAUUUUAGCAAAGAAUGCUUCAAAGGACAAGCAUUCCUUUCCUCAAAAUAUUCCAUAUCCUAUUAACUAUUUAGUACAAGUCGGUUGUCCAUAGAACGAAUAUGUACCUUUGCCAUCGUAGACAUAAGCGUAAUCUAAGGUACCACCACAAUCACCAAAAAUUUACCAUGUAUUAGGUAUCACCAGGAAACUGUACAAUCGAUAGACUAUAUAGAUUACACCAGAUGCUGUAUCAGUUAUUGCAAUGCAAAGAAAGCGAGCUAGUCAGGACUAAAAAUUUAUCGUGAUAAGAUUGAAUUUCGAUGUAAAGCCAUAAAGAACUAUUUACUAUUUUUUUUUUCUAAUAAAGUUGAUGAUCAAAACGAA